GCUGGUCCCACCCCUAGACCAGCAGGAGCAGGUGCUGGACAAAGCUGUGCCUUGACUUCCCUGGGGCUCGUAGCUCCUCUGAGGCCAGCUCUGCCCAGGCCCCCACAGGAUAACAAGGAGGCGUGUCUGCCCAGGGCCUGCUCUCCCACUCCUAGCCAUGCUUGGGUAAUGGGACCCCGGGCUUUGUCACCUAAGCAAAGUUCCCAAGCCCAUACCCUGUACUUCCAGCUUCUUGCCCCCUAGAACCAAGUAGCAGCCACUUGCCUGGGGGUAGAGUCGGGGGCAGCAGGCGAUACACAUCCACGUCCUGACCAGGAAGCUCCUGACCUGCUGGGUAUGGGUGGAGAAAGAGGUGACAGGGUUGGGUGGCUCUCCCUGCAUGGUCACAUCCUGUGAAGAGACUGAGAACACCAGGAAUUCUAAAUUUGAACCUGAUGCCCCAGAGCUUUAAGAAAAUGUUUUUGUCAAAGGAGAAAACCAGAACGUUUUAUUAGUUUCUUGAACCGAUUUAUAGCGUCAAAAGUUAGACGCAGGUGCAGGCCUCCAUUCCAUCUAUUGGCUGGCUCUCGACUGCCGAGACUGGCCUGCCAACCUGUGUUUCAGGAGGGCACGCGUCCGCGGCUGAACCGCGGAAGGGCCGGUGAGGAGCCGGGCCUCGGGAGAUGGCCCUGAGGGCCCCCGCACUGCCACUGCCGCUGCUGCUGCUGCUGCUACUACUGCCGCUCCGCGCCACCGGCUGCCCAGCAGCCUGCCGCUGCUACAGCGCCACGGUGGAGUGUGGCGCCCUGCGGUUGCGCGUCGUCCCGCUGGGAAUCCCGCCAGGGACGCAGACACUGUUCCUGCAGGACAACAACAUCGCGCGCCUAGAGCCGGGAGCCCUGGCGCCACUCGCCGCUCUGCGCCGGCUCUACCUGCAUAACAACAGCCUGCGCGCCCUGGAGGCCGGCGCCUUCCGCGCGCAGCCGCGCCUGCUGGAGCUGGCGCUCACCAGCAACCGGCUGCGCAGCUUGCGCAGCGGCGCCUUCGCAGGCCUGGCCCAGCUGCGCGUGCUCUACCUGGCGGGCAACCAGCUGGUGCGGCUGCUGGAUUUCACCUUCUUGCACCUGCCGCGACUGCAGGAGCUUCACCUGCAAGAAAACAGCAUUGAGCUGCUGGAGGACCAGGCUCUAGCGGGGCUGUCCUCCCUAGCACUGCUGGACCUCAGCAGGAACCAGCUGGGCACCAUCAGCCGAGAGGCCCUGCAGCCCCUGGCCAGUCUGCAAGUCCUGCGCCUCACAGAGAACCCAUGGCGCUGUGACUGCGCCCUGCACUGGCUGGGUGCCUGGAUCAAGGAGGGCGGCCAGCGGCUGCUCACCUCCAGGGACAGGAAGAUCAUGUGUGCAGAGCCCCCGCGCCUGGCGCUCCAGAGUCUCCUGGACGUAUCCCACAGCAGCCUCAUCUGCAUUCCGCCUUCUGUCCACGUGCAGCCGCUGGAGCUCACAGCCAACCUGGGUGAGGACCUGCGGGUUGCCUGCCAAGCCUCCGGCUACCCACAGCCAUUGGUGACCUGGAGAAAGGUGCCCCAGCCUCGCGAGGGCCGGCCGCGAGCCCAGGCCCAGCUAGAAGGCGGGGCCCUGGGCCUGGGCGGACACUCGGCAUCCGACACGGGCAGCGGCAUGCUCUUCCUCAGCAACAUCACGCUAGCGCACGCCGGCAAGUACGAGUGCGAGGCCUCCAACGCCGGCGGCGCUGCCCGCGUGCCCUUCCGGCUCCUGGUCAACGUGUCCCGGCAGCAGCCGCAGCAGCCCGCGCAACCGCCACCUCCGGCCGCCCGCCCCGCCGGCCGCGAGCCCCGGCCCGAGGCGGGCAGCAUGGCUUUCCGCGCCCUGGGCCUGGCCACGCAGACGGCCAUUGCGGCGGCCAUCGCACUGCUGGCGCUCACGGCGCUGCUUCUGGUCGCCAUGAUCUGUCGCCGGCGCCGCAGGCGAAAAAAGGCGCGGGGGCCGCCGGGGGAGGGCGCGCUGUUCGUCAACGACUACUCGGACGGCCCCUGUACGUUCGCACAGCUAGAGGAGCUCCGCGACGAGCGCGGCCACGAGAUGUUCGUCAUCAACCGCUCCAAACCGCUCUUCGCCGAGGGUCCGGCGGAGGCGCCCGCGGACUGCGGACCGGCAGAGGGGGCGGGGCCGGGGCUCCGCGUGCCCCCGCCGGUCGCCUACGAGAUCCACUGCUAGGGCCGCGGGCGCGCGGAUGACGUGGGCGCCGGAGAUUGGCCGGUGCGGCCCCGCGCAUGCUCCGUCAGUAAAGGUGGAAGCCGC